CUUAUAGUAACGUUUAGGCGCUCAUUUUGAACAGUUUGCAUGUUUUCGCGCGUUUGUUAUUCACAUUACUUCAUCACCUCUUAUAGUACAUUAUCUGUAACUUUAAAUCUGUUCUUCAAGUUUGAGGCAUUACUUUGGUAAUUUAUUUUCAAAUAAUAAGCCCAUUUUAUCGGCAUUUUAUUAUGAAUUUUAACAAAAAUAUAUUUGAGUUGUAAUUACCGUGUUUAAAGAUUUCAAAAACAUUCAGGCAAAUCGUUACAGGACUUAAUUUGUUUUCUGUUUACUGAAAAAGUCUCAUUUUGUGAUGGCAAAUCACUUUUUCUACGGCCAAUCGGUGGGAAAAAAUCGUAAAAAACAUAGAGUUUUGUUCAUCGUUGUUAUCUGCAUUGUUAUGCUUACAGAAUUUUGGGUGAUAAGUAAUGAUGAUAAAUAUCUUGUGAAAUAUAAGAUUGAUAAUGAUAACCCUUUGCAGAAGCACACCAAGGCUUUAGAUUAUAUUCAAAACAUGAGUCUUGAUGACUCGUAUAGUAUAGAGUUAAAUAAACAUGAUCGAUAUGAUGGACAGACUCAGUGUGACAUUCAACAUAAAGAUUUAACGGGAUAUCCAGAAUGUUUGUCCAAGAUUGAAUGGUUACGGAGAAGUUGGCAAACUCAUUCAUGUUAUGCUGAGUUAGGAGUAGAUGGAUCAGAAUGUUCAUUUUUUCGUUAUCUUAGUGAGGUUGAACGUUUCUGCCCAAUAAUGGAUAACCGAAAAUUUGUAGAACAUCAUAGAAAAGCUCAGAUAAAUCGAGAAUUAAAAGAUCUACUUGGUCUAUUAUCUGCGAACAAAAACCAUUUAGUAUCAAACGUGUUUAUGCGUGAGAGAGUAAAGCGCAUUUGGCCUGACUGGCUAUCAGGAAUUCAACACUAUAUAAAUGGAGUUAAUUUCUCGUUGCCUGAUUCACUGGAUCGUUGUAAACAUUGUUCUUCUGAUGAUAUAACUUGUUUUACUCUUUGUCAGUCUACUAAAAUAAAAGGUCAACCGUUUUUAUUUGGAAGACCAAAACUCAAUAUUCUUCUUCAUUUGGAAUUUUUAUCGAAUGCUCUUGGUGAUAAUAAUUUCGAAACACAUGUGUCCAAAGGUGGUCCUCUUGGUGAACUUGUUCAGUGGACUGAUCUCAUUACUGCUCUCUAUAUACUUGGUCAUAAUUUAACAAUUACCUACGAGGCCACCAAUGCAAAGUCGCUUCUUUCAUAUUCAGAUCAUGUACCAUGUUUGAUGAAAAGUAAUGAGUACGAUUUAAUAUACACAGAUAUUAGAGGAUUCAAACGAUUAAGUCCCACACAAAUCCGUACGCCAUUAUGCAAAUUUCGUAUAUUGGAUACAUUUGGAACAGAAGCUAAAUAUAAUCGGAAGGAAGAAACGUGGGGUGGAUUACAUCUACAUUUACAACAAUUUUAUACAUUUUUUCCUCAUUCACCGGAUAAUACAUUUCUCGGUUUUGUUACAGAAAUCUUCCCCUUUAAAUCUAAAUCUAAUCAAUCAUUGUCUAGGCCUAUGGCUCUUGUCUAUGGAAAAGAGUCAUAUAUGUGGAAAGAUAAAACAAAUUAUUUGCGAAUUUUGUCGGAUUACUUUGAAAUACAUGGGAAUGUGUUGGAUAAAGUUGAGAACUUACCAAAAUUUGUACAUAUACACCAAAUACAACAUGGUCAACCAUAUUUAGAAUUAAUGUCGAAAGCUCAAAUUAUGAUUGGAUUGGGAUUUCCUUACGAAGGUCCUGCACCUUUAGAAGCAAUCGCUAAUGGUCUCAUUUUUCUUAAUCCUCGUUUUGAUCCGCCUCACAGCAGAAGCAAUCAAGCAUUUUUUGCUGAUAAACCUACUUUGCGAGGUCUUACUAGUCAACAUCCGUAUAUUGAAAAUCAUAUCAGUGAACCAUAUUCUUAUUUGAUUGAUAUGGGCAAUGAAACACAAAUACGCGAAACUGCUAAACGUAUUCUGACAACAAUUAAAAGUGGAAGUUAUCGUCCACAUGAAUUUACUCCAUGGGGUUUUAUUGAACGUCUAAAUGCUUAUUUGACACGCCAAAAUAUCUGCGCCACACCCUUUUACAAAGACUUGAUCCGGUCUCUAAUGCCGAUAGCAAAAGCUGGCGCGCCUUCUACAUUUAACAACUUAGAUGUCCCCGGCACUUCUGUUUCAUGGCCUCCAGCAUCAAGUUUAAAGAUAGUUUUGGGGUCUCGUGGUAAAUCUUGUGCAGAUGUGUGUAUGAAUCUGGGAACUUCAGAACAUGCUUUAUUACUGCCUUCCAAUAUUUCUGCUUACUCUAUUCGUAACAACACGCAACAUCAACAAAUACAGAAUGGUUACAUUUACUAUCGUUCUAUUCACUCUACGCCUUCGCCAAACUUGUCUUAUCUUUAUACGUUUCGCUGUUCUCCAGAACACUUUCCAAGUGUUAAUCAUCGACUGAACCUUCAGUAUUUGGGUGUUUCUUGUCCUAAUAUUACCUACACAACUAGUUCAAUGGCACCUUAUUGGGACAAUACAGCAAGAUCAUGUGUAUUUCAAGCUAAUCAUGAAUGGUUUGACUGUACUGCCUCAGGAACCUCUAAUGGGUCUGAUGUAUUUUCUCGUUUUUGUCCUUGUCGUGAUGCUCUUCCUAACCAGAUUUCUUUAUGUUCUAACUGUUUAUGAAAACAUUAAACAUACAUUUGUCCAAAAGACUAACAUUUUAUUUGGUUUUACCAACUGUUAUAUUUAUAUUUCUGUAAUAAUUUUUAAAUACAUUUAUUGCAAUAUUUAAACAUUCCUGAUGUUAUAUUGUCAAUGAGAAACUAUUAUCUUAUUUUUUUUAAAUGAAAUCCCACCUUUAUAGUACUGAGAUAGAAGUAGAUUUUGUAAAACGGAAUAAAACUUUAUUGUGGCAUGUAUAUUCAGUGAUUUUUUGUAAAAACAAAAUAAAGGUCACAUAUCUUCCCUAUUUGUCACACUUUAUAUGUAACUACAUUGAUACUCAAUAUCUAUUGUUUCCUUGUAUCAAUGGUAAAGAAACAAAUAAUUGUUUGGUUAUAUAUAAUGUACACUACACUACCGUGAUUCUUAAAGUGUAAACUCAAACCAAGUCAUCCAUUCUUCUGCUUCACUGGCCACAGCCUUUGAUUGAAGAUUAUAAUAGUACGAUAACAUUCUUUCUGGCCUUUCCACACUACAUUGGAGCUUCAGCCCGGUUCAUUACUAAGGAAUACUACCGGAUUUAAACUUCUUCAUUUUGCUGUUAGUGCCAUCACGUGCAGAGGAACCU